AUGGCUUCCAGUGGUGCCCUCCCACAAACUUUGAAGGCCAUCACGGCCACGAAAAUCAACGAACUCUCUAAGCAGCGCGCGAUCUUUGAUCAACACAAGGAGAAGAUCCUCGUCACUGCAAAUGCUGCCACAGACCUCCGCUCUCGCGCUCUUGUUUUACUAGAUGGACUUGCACGUCUGAAAGGUCUCCCCAAAGAUUCGCUCGACAAGAAUGAUAGCGACUUGGACGCCGAUUCAGAUUCGGGCGAUGAUCACACCCCUGAACACACUCUACGUCGGGAAUCCGACAGUCUAUCUGACCACUCUAAUAUUCGCCGCUUCCUUCUUCAAGGUCCGUACGACAGUUCAAUUUCUCAGUCAUCUCUGCAGGACUGGAUUGGCCAGCUUGAAAAGGAACUCUCGUUCCUGGAGGCCAAGCAUGAACAUGGCGCCUUCUUCAGCAAACUUGUCACUGAGUGGCUGUCCGAGCUAGAUCCCACCGACGAUCCCAAGCCUGCCGAGUCCGAUGCCAAAUUUGAGCAGGUUGGACGAGCUGAGAUGCACGAUCAACGUGCCCAAUGGGAAACCCUGGUCUUCACUCCUGCUACCCAUGUCAGGGAACAGGUCAUCAAGGACUACCUUGACAAUCUGUUCAAGCAGACUGAGCUUUCUCGUGAGGCUAUCAAGAAUCUCAAAGCCAGAAUCACAUCCUUUGCGAACAACUUGUCAUCGAAGGGGAAAUGGAUCGAUGUGCCUACUCUCAAAUGGGUAUCUAAGGCCCUUUUGAAGACUGAUCUUCUUAGUAAUGAGAAGGCUUCAGUUUUGAAGGAAUUCAUGCGGAACAAAGAGGUCGCUCAGGAAGUUGCGGACGUGCUGAACAUGCGAAUUGCCUCGCUUGACAGCUGGGCGUGGGAUAGAAACGGAAUCCCCGUCGAGAUGCGUCGUCAACUGAACGGUAAAUACCGAGUCUUCAUGGACGAAGACCUCCUUGAUGCUCUUCUUCUGCAAUAUCUGGGAACCACCUGGUCUGUGGAGUUUCGAGAGGUAUUCGAAAUAUUCUUGCAUUCUCAUGCCUGGAAGCCUCUCCGGGAAGAAAUUCCUGAAGAAUACAAGGAGCGACGCAGAUAUUUCUUGGGGACAGACCCCAACAAAACUCAGAAUAAAGUCAAUGAGACCCGAAAGAAGACUUAUGAAAAUGAGUACUUCAUGAGUCAGCUACCUACUUCGGUUGACGACAGCGCUCGCGACUAUGAUGAAGACAAUGAAGGGCCUCCACAAGAGGAAACAAAGUCGAAGAACGCUUUGGACACAAAGCACUCUCUUCUUCACCUCUUAAUCACAGAGUCUAUUAUCCACAAACACCAGCGUGGAGAGUUUACUGCAGUGCGGUCUGACUUUGAAUGGUUCGGUCCUUCAAUGCCCCACGCCACUUUACUCACGGUACUCGAAUACUUCGGGGUUCCAGAGAAGUGGCUCAACUUCUUCAAGAUCUUCCUGCAGGCUCCUCUCAAAUUCUUCCAGGAUGGAUCCAAUGCUACAAUCCAAACCCGCCAGCGUGGACUCCCAAUGAGCCACACACUUGCUGAUUGCUUUGGAGAAGCUGUCCUCUUCUGCAUGGAUUAUGCAGUUAAUCAAAGCACAGAUGGCUCUUAUUUGUACAGACUCCAUGACGAUUUCUGGUUCUGGGGAGCUGAAAAGACCUGCAUCAAGGCAUGGGAGGCGAUGUCUGACUUCUCUGAGGUGAUGGGUCUCAAGUUCAACACGGACAAGACUGGAACAGUAAUGAUGGGCAAGUCUCGUGAACUGGACAACAAGGAAGAGUGCCCCAAGUCCAUUCUCCCCGAGGGGGACAUACGCUGGGGAUUCCUAGUACUCGAUGCAGAGAAAGGCAAAUUCACUAUCGACCAAGCUCAGGUUGACGAACACAUUGAAGAGCUCUCGCGUCAGCUAACGUCCUGCAAGAGCGUCUUUGCCUGGGUUCAAGCUUGGAACGCCUACUUUGGCCGCUUCUUCGCGAACAAUUUUGCAAAGCCGGCUGUCUGCUUUGGACGAGACCAUAUCGACAUGGCCAUCUCCACUCUCGGUCGUAUUGAGCGUACACUGUUUGAAAAUGGCGUGGGUGAGAUCGACGCUCGGGGCAAAACGACUGGUGUCACAGAUUACCUCCGCCAAGUGAUUUCCGACCGAUUCGGUGUCAAGAGUCUCCCUGAUGGUUUCUUCUAUUAUCCUCCAGAGCUUGGUGGACUGGGUCUUCUCAAUCCGUCCAUCAAACUCCUCGCCAUGCGCGAGAACAUCAAAGAAACCCCGCGCAAGAUCCUGCACAAAGCAGAGGUACAACAUGAGAAAACUUACCAAUUCCACAAGACCUGCUUCGAGGAAAUCGGGCCGGACUCCAAAGCCCCAUCGCUCGUUGAUACAGACGGGAAGUCCUUACCGUUUAUGUCUCUUGAAGAAUACAACAAAUAUCCGGACACCUACAGCGCUGGUCUCUUGUGCGCGUACAAUCUUCUAUGUCGUGUCCCUGAGGAGGAAGGCGUGGCUCUGACUCCUAGCUUUGAAGCACAUCAGGGAGCCCUGGAACCGAAAUCGCCCAUCUCUAAUAACUGGCGUUCCAUGACUCCCUACUGGCGCUGGGUUGCGCAAUUGUAUCAUGACGAAAUGAUUCGCACUUACGGCAGUCUUGCUGCAGCAAAGCGGGAGUUUAUGCCUCUCGGCGUAGUGAAGACUCUGCGCGAGGGUCGGUUCAGAUGGCAAGGUUGA